AUGGGAUUACAUCAGCAUCUGGUAGCGAGGAUAAAUCAAUCCGUUUAUGGAAUAUAAAAUAAGGAGCUGAAAUACAUAGCCUAGAAGGAUAUAGCGAUGGGGUCUUUUGCUUAGAAUUUAAUAUAGAUGGGACAAUAUUAAAAUAUAAAUAUUUAAAAGAUUAACGAAAUUAUUUUGAUGAUCAAAAGUAGUCCUAAUAUAUCAGUAUUAUUCGCCACUGUUUAUCAAAAAGAAAAAGAAGGUACUCAUCCUUGUAGAAUAUUUCCCAUCUCCCAACUUUUUUACAAUUUAAAUUUUCCCUUUUGA